AACGCACCUAUAAUCUGGAGGUACGCAACAAAGUCACCCGGAAACAAAAACAAAACAAUCUUCCUUUAAUUGGCUGCUGUAACGGCUAUUUGAAAGGUGUACUUUCAUGUUGAUGUCCAAGCUUUAUGGUCAACUUAUCAAAUAUAUUUUAUUUAAUUAUCAUUUUUGUGAAGUAGUAUGUAAGUAAUCGACAAGUGUUGUAGAACAUUACCAGUAGCCUAGACAUAUCCAGCUAGCUUGCUAUAGUGAGUGUGUUGUUAGCAAGUAAAGAGGUCCUCACAGUAUUAGGCAAUGCACAUGGUUAUUGUUUUAGUGUGUAGCCUGUUGUUGGUUGCAAAGGGGCAAGAUGAGGAAUGGAUCGAUCCGUACGAUAUGUUGAAUUACGAUGCAAGUACCAAGACAAUGAAAAAAACUGCGGAGCCAACAAAUUACGAAUAUGUGCCGACUAAAAGAAGAGAUCACAUCCAAGAUUCUAAUCAAAUUGGCAUUGCAGAGUGCAACAUCAAAGUCCAGGGCCUACAGAAAGAGAUUGCAGCGAUCUCGCAGCAGCCCUCAUGUCAUCCUGUAUUCAAGCGGUUCAUCACCAAGCUCCUGAAGGAAAUUCAAAGAGUAGGCCUUCCCAGUGACUCUACCAGUGAAGUCUACUAUGAUGCUAAGGUGAAACUAUCUCAUCAAGCCAUGUCAGAGAUCAAGACGCUUCUAGAUGGCAUUGAAAGCUGGAGAACGGGCGCACUGGAUGAUGCCCUCAGUCAGAUCCUAGUGGAUCUCAAACCUCAUGACUAUGAGGCCUGGAGGUGGCACUUUGAAGACACAUUUGGUGUGGAGGUGUUCACAGUCAUACAGAUGCUUGUCUGUGUGCUGAUUAUAGUGGCCAUUAUCUGUAGUGAGGUAUGGUCUGUCAUAUCUUGGUUAGUCCAGUUUAGGAGACUGUUUGCUAUAUGCUUCUUCAUCAGUAUUGUCUGGAAUUGGUUGUAUCUGUACAAGAUUGCUUUUGCAGAGCACCAAAACAACUUUGUUAAGAUGGAGGGUUUCAAUGAAAAGUGCUCUGGCUUGAGAAAAAUUGACUGGAGCGAUAACUUAAAGGAGUGGUACAGAAGCACCUGGACACUUCAGGAUGAUCCCUGUAAGAAGUACUACGAAGUCGUCUAUGUUAAUCCAAUCUUAAUUGUACCUCCAACCAAGGCCAUCUCUGUCACCAUCACCACGUUCAUCACGGAGCCAUUGAAGCACAUUGGCCAGGGUAUUAGUGACUUUCUCAGAGCUCUUCUCAAGGACCUGCCAGUCACUCUGCAGAUUCCAGUUCUUCUCACCAUUGUGUUGUCCAUCUUGGUCUUCCUGUAUGGCAGUGUCCAAGCAGCUUUCCAGCACGGUAUCCUCAGGCCACUGACAGGCCACCGCAGGGACCCCCCUCCUCCUGUAUUGGGCCAGCAACUACACGAGCCCCAACUCCAGCCUGCUCAACUGAGGGACCGUCUAGCCGAGGGGGAUGCACCUCAACCUGCUCCUCAUCCGGCCCCAGUACAGAGAAACAAUCUUCGGCAAAGGAGGCCAAAUAGGGUCCGAAUCGAGACUGUCUACGCAGAAAACCUCGGUCGGAAUGCUGACCAGCUGUUCAGUGAUGAUGUUGACUCACAGACACUGGAGAGUGUCAGUGAGGCGGAACUUACCGAGGGGUUCUCCAACUCAGUGGAGAGUGACCCUACGACUGGGCAGGAAGUCCAGAAAGAGAUAGAAGGAGCUACAGCGAGCAGCAUAGUGAGGGACUUGCAGGUCAAAACCUCUCAGGCUAGGGCGAAUGACUCUCGGACUAAAGUAAAAGCCAACAAGGACGGUAUUUCAGCUGAUUCUCAUCUCUCAGACAACCAAGCUAGGACGACGAAUGAAGGACAACCCUCAUUAACAGCACGAGGGAAUGAUGCACAGGUUCAUGAUGCCUUAAGUAAGUCUUCAAACGUCACUGGACAACAUAUUGACACAAUUGGAUUGCCUGUACAAGAAACUGCGCCAACAUCACAAGAGUGAACUUUGUUGUUCCUGCUAAAAGCAAUAUGUAAUUUUCUAUCAGUGUUUGGGUUUCCAGGCUGUUAUUUCAGACUGACCUUUUUUCUUUUCUUUUUUAAUGUGUAACAUCUUGUGGUUUUAUCAGAAAGGUAUUUGCAUGAGGUAUUUGGAGUUGUAUAUCAUGGAAUGCUACAAUUUGAGAUAUUAUAUUAUUGUGACUUUGUGCCUUUUUGUGGCCUAUUAUUAAAAAAAUAUAUACAUUAUAUAAUUGUAUUCGAUUACAGUUGUUUUUCUAACUAAAUCUAUUGCAUUGUUAAUUAUUCACGUAUUUGUGAAAUAAGUGGAGCAAUAGUAAAUAAAAAAACUUUCCUCUUCAA